UAUCACUCGAAUGGCCCUUGGACACAAUACAUGGGUUACAGUAUUGUGCAGAAAAUUACGUGAUUGGUGGCUUUGGGUUGCAGAAGGAGAGCUACCUAUUGUUGCAUCUCAUGGGGCUGAAGUUGAAGCAUAUAAUGCUCUAGAUCCUGCGGUUCGUGUAGUAAUAUUGAAAGCACUAUGUGAUAUUCGUGUUGAGCAAGAAGAUAUCCGAAACCAUAUAGACAACUCUGUAAAGCAUGGUGUCCAUAUUUCAGCAUUUCGCAAAGAAAGAGUUGGUGGUGAUUCUCAUGGAAUCUCUUAUUGGUAUGAAGAUGAUGCUAUGGUUGGUCAUCGACUAUAUCGAGAGAUUAGAAAAGUUGAGGUGAAGAAAGGAAAGGGGAGAAACAUACCGCCCAUUCCUAAUUCAUCUUACCAGUGGGAGACAGUUGCAACUAAUUUUGAUGAAUUUCAAGAUGUGUCUGUGAGUUAUUUGUUACCGUUUAAUCUAGUCUAGUGUCUGCUAAAUAAAUUCCUAAGACCUGCACCUUGAUAUUAACAUUUUGGAUUAUAAUGCAGAAUAUUUUGCUCAUUUUAAGCACGUG